GCCCACUCGCCGGCGCGGGGCCCGGGAGCGAUGACAUCGACGGGGAAGGACGGCGGCGGGGCGCAGCACGCGCAGUAUGUGGGGCCCUACCGGCUGGAGAAGACGCUGGGCAAGGGGCAGACAGGCCUGGUGAAGUUGGGAAUCCACUGUGUCACAUGCCAGAAAGUCGCCAUCAAAAUCGUCAACCGUGAGAAGCUGAGCGAGUCUGUGCUGAUGAAGGUGGAGCGCGAGAUCGCCAUCCUGAAACUCAUCGAACACCCACAUGUCCUGAAGCUGCAUGACGUCUAUGAGAACAAAAAAUAUUUAUACCUGGUGCUAGAACACGUGUCCGGGGGGGAGCUGUUCGACUACCUGGUGAAGAAGGGGAGGCUGACCCCCAAGGAGGCCCGCAAGUUCUUCCGGCAGAUCAUCUCCGCGCUGGACUUCUGCCACAGUCACUCCAUAUGCCACAGGGACCUGAAGCCAGAGAACCUGCUGCUGGACGAGAAGAACAACAUCCGCAUCGCAGACUUCGGCAUGGCGUCCCUGCAGGUGGGGGACAGCCUCCUGGAGACCAGCUGUGGAUCCCCCCACUAUGCCUGCCCAGAGGUGAUCCGGGGGGAGAAGUACGACGGCCGCAAGGCGGACGUGUGGAGCUGCGGCGUGAUCCUCUUCGCCCUGCUGGUGGGGGCGCUGCCCUUCGACGACGACAACCUGCGGCAGCUGCUGGAGAAGGUCAAGCGCGGGGUGUUCCACAUGCCGCACUUCAUCCCGCCCGACUGCCAGAGCCUGCUGCGCGGCAUGAUCGAGGUGGACGCGGCGCGGCGCCUCACGCUAGAGCACAUUCAGAAACACAUAUGGUAUAUAGGAGGCAAAAAUGAGCCUGAGCCAGAGCAGCCCAUCCCCCGAAAGGUGCAGAUCCGUUCGCUGCCCAGCCUGGAGGACAUCGACCCCGACGUGCUGGACAGCAUGCACUCCCUGGGCUGCUUCCGAGACCGCAACAAGCUGCUGCAGGACCUGCUCUCUGAGGAGGAGAACCAGGAAAAGAUGAUUUAUUUCCUCCUCCUGGACCGGAAAGAACGGUACCCCAGCCAUGAGGACGAGGACCUACCCCCCAGGAAUGAGAUAGACCCUCCCCGGAAGCGUGUGGACUCCCCGAUGUUGAACCGGCACGGCAAGCGGCGGCCCGAGCGCAAGUCCAUGGAGGUGCUCAGCGUGACAGAUGGCGGCUCCCCGGUGCCUGCGCGGCGAGCCAUUGAGAUGGCCCAGCAUGGCCAGAGUAAAGCAAUGUUCAGUAAAAGCCUGGAUAUCGCUGAAGCCCAUCCCCAAUUCAGCAAAGAAGACAGGUCUCGGUCCAUCAGUGGUGCCUCCUCAGGCCUGUCCACGAGUCCACUCAGCAGUCCCCGGGUGACCCCUCACCCCUCGCCGAGGGGCAGUCCCCUCCCUACCCCCAAGGGGACGCCCGUCCACACGCCAAAGGAGAGCCCAGCCGGCACGCCCAACCCCACACCGCCAUCCAGCCCAAGUGUUGGAGGGGUGCCCUGGCGGACACGGCUCAACUCCAUCAAGAACAGCUUCCUGGGCUCUCCCCGCUUCCACCGCCGGAAACUUCAAGUUCCCACACCCGAGGAGAUGUCCAACCUGACCCCGGAGUCCUCCCCAGAGCUGGCCAAGAAGUCCUGGUUCGGGAACUUCAUCAACCUGGAGAAGGAGGAGCAGAUCUUCCUGGUCAUCAAGGACAAGCCCCUGAGCUCCAUCAAGGCUGACAUUGUGCAUGCCUUCUUAUCGAUCCCCAGCCUCAGCCACAGCGUCAUCUCCCAGACGAGCUUCCGGGCUGAGUACAAGGCGACGGGGGGCCCAGCCGUGUUCCAGAAGCCGGUCAAGUUCCAGGUGGACAUCACCUACACUGAGGGUGGUGAGGCCCAGAAGGAGAACGGCAUCUACUCUGUCACCUUCACUCUGCUCUCAGGUCCCAGCCGCCGCUUCAAGAGGGUGGUGGAGACCAUCCAGGCCCAGCUGCUGAGCACCCAUGACCAGCCGUCUGCCCAGCACCUGUCAGACACCACUAACUGUAUGGAAAUGAUGACGGGGCAGCUUUCCAAAUGUGACGAGAAGAACGGGCAGGCGGCCCAAGCCCCCAGCACGCCCGCCAAGCGGAGUGCCCACGGCCCCCUCGGCGACUCCGCGGCCGCUGGCCCUGGAGGGGACGCCGAGCACCCAAUGGGCAAGGACACGGCCGGGAUGGGGCCGCCCGCCGCCCGCUGCAAGCAGCCUUAGACACUAGUCCCUCCCCAGCACAGCGCUGACCGCGGCGCCCACCGCCACCGCCUAGUGUGGACCCGGGCCAGCCGCCCGCCCAGACAUUGCCUCCAAGCCUGGGAGCAAAGGAGAGCGCGGGGCCGCGGCGUGCGGGCGGGGCGCCGCUCGCUCUCUUUUCUCUCUCGCGGUCAUUGUCUCUGCCUGUCUCUGAUGACGUCGCUUGUUUCCGCUCUGAUACCAGGAAUUAUCCCGAAAAGCUAACAUGCCACCUCCAGGAGGCCACCCUCUGCUCCGCGUGGACACUGGCUGACCGAAGGCAGCUGCUGCGGACCGCCCUCCCUCCUCCUCCUGCUGCUGUCGGGCGGGCGGGCGAGGCCAGCGCACGUCCACCGCCCCUGGCCCCCCGUGCAGCUCCGCACGGCCCGCGGGAGGAGGGCCCGGCUCCGGGAUGCCUCCUCCAGCCCAGCAGACCUGCGGCAGGGACAGCCUGCCCUGCCGUCUCAGGGCAGGGGCUGUGGCAGGCGAAGCCGCACCUGGAGGCCUCCCGGCCGUCUCCUCUCCUCCACACCUUGGCCUCUCCAGGGCCACCUCCUGUCUCGUCUGCAUCCAUUUCUCCACUGCCUCACUGGGGGCCGCGGGCACACCUGGCUUUGAAGGUCCUCCCUGGCUGAGUGGAACAGACCCUGCAGGCGCCGGAGCUGCUGGGGCUGGCCAGGCUGUGGGGCUGGGCUGAGACCAGUAUUAUUUAUUUGCUAUUUUAAUUUAUUGAGUUUCCUUAUUUCUCUGUUCUCUGUUCAGGGAAGGGGUGGCGGCAUGCCCUCCUGCUGUCUGUCCCUGCCGUCUGUCUGUCUGUCUGUCUCGGGCAGGGUGGGUCCGGAGCCAAGGUGCCCUCUGAGGACACAGCCGUUGGGGGCUGGGGGCAGUGGGGCUGGCCGGUAGAUGCGCGCUGGCAAGCUACUGUAAACUUUAAAGAAUUCCUGCAAGAUAUUUUUAUAAACUUUUUUUUCUUGGUUGUUUUUGGAAA